ACCAUCACGAGAGGGUCCUUUUGGCGUUCACACGGAAACCAACGCUAAUGACCGAUGUUUGUUUUGCUACAGUUAGCAGUAUGCCUGCUGAACGCAAGCGCUCAGUAAACAUGGAUGAGAAAGAAGUUUGCCCCUUCAGUAACAAGGAAAAAGAGAAGGACAGAGAUGGUGAGAGAAGGCCAGCAUCUGCUCGAGACAAAGCAAAAGACGAGGCCAAAGUGAGUGGUAAAAAAGACAGCGGCAAAGAGGAGAAGAGAAAGCGCCUAGAGGAGGAAAAGAAGAAGAAAGAGGAAAAGGACCGAAGAAAGAAAGAGGAAGAAAAACAGAAAGCGGAGGAGGAACAGAAGAAGAAAGAGGAGGAGGAGAAGAGACAGCAGGAGGAGCGGGAGAGGAAACUCCAAGAGGAGGAGGCCAAAAGACAACGCGAGGAAGAGGCAGCUCUCCUAAAGGAACAAGAGGAGGGGCACCAGCUGCACCAGGAGGCCUGGGAGCGCCAUCAGUGCAGGAAGGAACUCCGCAGCAAGAACCAGAAUGCCCAAGAGGGUCGGCCUGAAGAGGCCUUCUUCAGCCGACUGGACUCCAGCCUUAAAAAGAAUACUGCCUUUGUCAAGAAGCUUCGUACACUUACUGAACAGCAGCGAGAUUCGCUCUCCAAUGACUUUGCCUCACUGAAUCUCAGCAAGUACAUUGGCGAGGCCGUGAGCUCUGUCGUGGAGGCCAAGCUGAAGAUCUCUGACGUAGGCUGCGCUGUCCAUCUGUGUUCCCUCUUCCACCAACGGUAUGCUGAGUUUGCUCCGUUACUGUUACAGGCGUGGAAGAAGCACUUUGAAGCGAGGAAGGAGGAGAAGGCGCCCAAUGUGAGCAAGCUGCGCACAGAUCUGCGAUUUAUCGCAGAGCUCACCAUCGUUGGCCUCUUCACGGACAAAGAGGGCCUUUCGCUCAUUUAUGAGCAGCUCAAGACCAUUAUUGGGACCGACCGGGAGACACACACUCACGUGUCGGUGGUAAUCAGCUUCUGUAAGCACUGUGGGGACGACAUUGCCGGUCUGGUGCCCCGCAAGGUGAAACUGGCUGCUGAGAAGUUCGGCUUGUCCUUCCCGCUGAGUGAGAUAAUCAGCACAGAGAAACAGCAGCCCUUCCAGAACCUUCUGCGGGAGUACUUCACAUCACUCACCAAACACCUGAAGAAGGACCACCGGGAGCUGCAGAACAUUGAGAGGCAGAACAGGCGUAUCCUGCAUUCCAAAGGGGAGCUGAGUGAGGACAGGCACAAGCAGUAUGAAGAGUUUGCCACUUCCUACCAGAAACUGCUGGCCAACACUCAGUCCCUGGCUGAUCUGCUCGAUGAAAACAUGCCAGAUUUGCCUCAGGAUAAGACUGUGCAGGAGGAGCAUGGUCCUGGCAUUGAUAUUUUCACCCCUGGUAAGCCUGGAGAGUAUGACCUGGAAGGAGGGAUCUGGGAAGAUGAAGACGCUCGUAACUUCUAUGAGAACUUGGUGGACCUGAAGGCUUUCGUCCCUGCUAUCCUCUUCAAGGACAACGAGAAGAGUAGCCAGGGCAAAGACAAGGAUGACGCCAAAGAUGGGAGAGAAGGGAAGGACACGGCCAGCACUACAGAGGAGCUGGAGCUGGAGCUGGAGGCUCUCGACAUCACGGAUGAACCUCUUGAGCUGGAGGGAGCAGACGAGGCGGAAAAUGAAGAACUGGCCAAGAAACUGCUGGAUGAGCAAGAACAAGAGGAUGAGGAGGCCAACACGGGGUCCCACUUGAAGCUAAUCGUGGACGCCUUCAUCCAGCAGCUCCCCAACUGUGUCAACAGAGACCUCAUAGACAAGGCUGCCAUGGACUUCUGCAUGAACAUGAACACCAAAUCCAACAGGAGGAAGCUUGUCCGAGCCCUCUUCACUGUCCCACGGCAGAGGUUGGAUCUGCUCCCCUUCUACUCUCGGUUGGUAGCAACUCUUCAUCCUUGCAUGUCAGAUGUGGCUGAGGACCUCUGCUCCAUGCUGAAGGGAGACUUCAGGUUUCACAUUCGGAAGAAGGACCAGAUCAACAUCGAAACCAAAAAUAAAACUGUCAGAUUUAUCGGGGAACUGGCCAAGUUCAAGAUGUUCUCAAAAACAGACACGCUUCAUUGUCUCAAGAUGCUGCUGUCUGAUUUCACUCAUCACCAUAUUGAGAUGGCCUGCACACUGCUAGAGACCUGCGGCCGCUUCCUCUUCCGAUCCCCCGACUCCCACUUGCGUACCAGCGUCCUGCUGGAACAAAUGAUGCGUAAAAAGCAGGCACAGCAUCUGGAUGCCCGCUACGUGACGAUGGUGGAGAAUGCCUACUACUACUGCAACCCCCCACCCAUGGAGAAGACGGUGAAGAAGAAGAGGCCGCCGCUGCAGGAGUACAUCCGCAAGCUGCUCUACAAGGACCUGUCCAAGGUCACCACGGAGAAGGUGCUGAGGCAGAUGCGGAAGCUGCCGUGGCAGGACCCCGAGGUCAAGAGCUACCUGAUCUGCUGCAUGGUCAACAUCUGGAACGUCAAGUACAACAGCAUCCACUGUGUAGCCAACCUGCUGGCCGGCCUGGUGGCCUACCAGGAGGACGUGGGCAUACAUGUGGUGGACGGAGUGCUGGAGGACAUUCGGCUGGGCAUGGAGGUCAACCAGCCCAAGUUCAACCAGCGGCGGAUCAGCAGCGCCAAGUUUCUGGGCGAGCUCUACAACUACCGCAUGGUAGAGUCGGCCGUCAUUUUCCGCACCCUCUUCUCCUUCAUCUCCUUCGGAGUCAAUCAGGACGGCAGCCCCAGCCCAUUGGACCCUCCAGAGCACCUCUUCCGCCUCCGUCUGGUCUGCACCCUGCUCGAUACAUGCGGCCAGUACUUUGACCGAGGCUCCAGCAAGAGGAAGCUGGACUGUUUCCUUAUCUACUUCCAGCGGUACAUCUGGUGGAAAAAGAGCAUUGAUGUUUGGACCAAGGACCACCCGUUCCCCAUCGACAUCGACUACAUGAUCAGCGACACCCUGGAGCUGCUCAGGCCCAAGAUGAGGCUUAGCUGCUCCAUGGAGGAGGCCACUAAACAGGUCACUGACCUGGAGAGGGAGGUGCUCGUCAAGCUAGGUCUGGCCAUGGAGAAGGACGGCCGCUCUAGUGCCAUGAGCGAAGGGGAGGUGCUCGACGAGGAAGAUGACGAUGGCGAUGACGACGAAGAGGGAGGUGCUGAGACUGAGGAGCAGUCGGGCAAUGAGAGCGAAAUGAACGAACAAGAAGAGGAUGAUGGGUCAGAGAACGAAGAAGAGGAGAGGGAGGAAGAGGAGGAAGAGAACACCGACUACCUGACUGACUCCAAUAAAGAAAAUGAGACUGAUGAGGAGAACAAUGAGGUGACCAUCCGUGGCGGCGGACUGAAGCACGUGGCCUGUGCCGAGGAUGAGGACUUCAUUCAGGCUCUGGAUAAGAUGAUGCUGGAGAACCUGCAGCAGCGUAGCGGCGAGACAGUGAAGGUUCACCAGCUGGACGUGGCCAUCCCUCUGCAGCUGAAGAGUCAGCUGAAGAAGGGAGGCUCCGGACAGCCGUGCAUCGGGGAGGGCGACUCGGACAUCUCCGACACCAUGCAGUUCGUCAUGCUAACACGCAAGGGCAACAAGCAGCAGUACAAGAUCCUGAACGUGCCCCUGUCAUCACACCUGGCGGCGAACCACUUCAACCAGCAGCAGGCCGAACAGGAAGAGCGCAUGAGGAUGAAGAAACUCACCCUGGACAUCAAUGAGAGACAGGAGCAGGAGGACUACCAGGAGAUGAUGCAGUCCCUCGCCCAGCGUCCGGCUCCGGCCAACACCAACCGGGAGCGUCGGCCCCGUUACCAGCACCCGAAAGGGGCUCCCAACGCCGACCUCAUCUUCAAGACUGGAGGAAGGAGACGCUGAUCGGAGUCUGGGCCCGGGUUGAGCGAGCGAGUGAGCAAGAGAGCAAAUGAACAAGCAAGACAGAGAGAAUGAGAGAAAGAGAAAGAGAAGAUCGGAGUGGAAACCGGUCUAAAACAUGGAACGAGUCCUCCAGACGCCCACCGACGAUGCCAGGACAGACCAGACCCCUGACCUGAACACACACUCUUACCCUGCUGUGGGGCCUGAGGCCUGAGGAGGAGAGACAAAACCGGGAGCCUGGGGGUCAGAGGUCAAUGGUCAGACAGAUGGCUCUCUUUUCUUCUUUGUCUGUUGCUUGAGAUGACAAAAAAAAAACCCCAACUGUCUGGACCAACUACAAAGACGACUGAACACCUGACCGGCCGACUGAUGGUGAGACGGACAGGAAGGCGGGAUGAACGGAUCACCUCCCGACGUCGCACCGGUUGGAGGGAAAAGUGACUCAUAUUUAGGAGUUCAAAACCUGCGAGUGGGCAAAAUUUACACGAGACUAGCAAGGGAUACGGAUUUUUUUUUUCUCUUUUGUUUUUUGGACUCGGGAACUUGUCUUUUCGCUCAAAUUUUUCACAAAACUGCCAAAAAGGCAGCGCCGAUGCGGAGACGAAGGACGGGGUGGCGAGGCUUCAACACUGGUGGUGUGUCUGGUUCGCCCAGUGAUGCAGAGGAAGACGCUGGUGUCUUGUACACGGACAAAAUUAUGGGGUCGAAAAGGUGGAAAAGCGGCUGAUGGUAUGGUACUCUUGUUCUGGAGGCACGUGUUGAUUCAGAGCGGUAUGUCACCAGGGCUGCAGCUAAAGAUUAUCUUUCAUUACUGACCGAUCUGCAGUUUACUCUCUCAAUUCAUUGGUUCAUUGUUUGGCGUAUAAAGAAGCAGGGCGCAGAGAAAAACACACACCACGGUUUCCCGGAGCUCAAGGUGCUGAUAUCACAUGUCUCGUUCUGUCCAGCUAACAGCCCGAAAACCAAAGAGAUUCAGUUCGCUGCAAUGUAAGACAAGCGAAGGCAGUAAAAGCCUGACACCAUCGCAUUUUGUACUUGAAAAGCUAGCUGUUUCCCUGUGUUUCCAGUCUUUGUGCUAAGCUAAGCUAACUGGCGGCAGGCUGUAACCUUCAUAUUUACUCACGGACAUGGGAGUGGUGUCAGUCUUCUCACCACCUCCGGCGAGAGAAGGAGCAGCGGAACACGAGGGACGUGCGGUUUACGACUGGAAGGGCGGCCGCAGACUAAAAAUCGGCUCUGAAUCAACGUACGCCACCGGAACAGGAGUCUCACGGCAUCGGGCGCUUUUUCGAUCUUGGCAUCAUUCAGACUCCUGGAAGAUCCGGAAACCUGACGGCGUCAAGUGACCUGCUCACUGAUGGACACCAGAGUAGACACAUUGGACACUUUUUUCCAACUUCAGUCUCGAUAGAUGUUUUGUGUUAUUAUUUUCUCAAAAAUCAGGAGUUAGUUUUGACAAUAUUCAGCUUGCUUUGAUUUGGAUUUGUGUAGUGUAACGUGGUAAAAGCUUUUCCUUUUUUUGAUAAAUGGAUAACCGUGUGCCUGAGAGUCUUCCUUAGUGAUGACAGUGACUAUAUUCUUUUAGAUUCAUUUUAUCUGUUGAGCCUCUAGAUGGAUAACUAUAUUCUGCAUUCUGCUGCAUGGGCCUUUUCUGCACCAGCUCUGUGUCGUUUGUAGCAAAGCGUCCAACGGUGACUCUGAUUUAGUUUGUCUGUGUCUAGAUUCAAAACUAGUGUUCUUUUUCCUGCAAGCAAAAGAAAAACAAUAGCGGCUUCCGGCUUUGUGUUUCAGCUCGUAAAAAAAGAAAUGAUCACAAUA